AUGGCGGUGCUUCGACAACAGAUGGAUGACAGCAACCAUGAUUUUGUCAACAUGUUAACUAAUCAAAUGGGCACUGUUUUCAAUCCCAUAAUGCAGGAGUCCGCUGAGUCGAAUAGGCAAGUUGUUGAUCAAUUGGCGCGCCUAUGUAAUUUCUUGGGGGAACCUCGAACACUUGGUCGACAGACUCCGCGAGCAAACAGGCACGAAUACAUACCUGUUCGAAUGGGGGUGGACCAGGAUGAGAACGAAACCAUUCAACAAUGUCAAAUUCCCAGACUGCGUCCAAAUCAAGAUGGAACACGGGAAAGACACCAGCAAGUAGUGAUGGUAGGUCGACAACAAGACGCUGAUCAGCUUGUCGAACAAUAUCAACAGGAGGAGGCAGCAAUAGAAAAUAAUCUGACUACGAUUAUUGAAAGAAUUAUGGCCAGAAAUGGAAUAAAUACUCCACUACAAAGGCCAACAUACUUGUCUCCGUUGGCUGAGUAUAUUGUACAGACAGAAAACCCCAGAGGCUGGAAAAUACCCAUGUAUACUAAGUUCGGAGGAGAAACAGGAAAAUCGACAAUCGAGCACAUCGCCAAAUAUCUGACUGAAUCAGGUGACAUGGCGAACAAUGAGAGUCUCAGGGUGAAACAUUUUCCCUCAUCCCUCACUAAGGCGGCAUUUACAUGGUUCACCACGUUGCCUCCAAAUUCUGUUGACUCAUGGCCUAAAUUGGAAAAACUUUUCCAUGAGCAGUUUUAUGAGGGGCAUUCGAAAAUUAGUCAGGUUGAAUUGUCGAGCAUCAAAAGGAGGUUUGCAGAGACCAUUGAUGACUACCUGAAUAGGUUUAGGUCAUUUAAAGCGAAAUGUUUCAUGCAGGUACCUGAACAUGAACUGGUUCAGAUGGCUGCAGGAGGUCUAGACUAUUCCAUUAGGAAGAAAAUUGACCCAACUUUUGUUAAAAGUAUGUCGCAGUUGGCUGAUAGGGUUCGACAUCUCGAACGCCUACGACUAGAAAAAGUCAGGCAUACUAAGGCCAAGGCUAAGAAAGAAAAAGUAGCCUAUGUCGAUUACGAUGACACAUACCCCAUAUAUGAGGCUGACUACAUAUCACCGACAGAGGCAGAGAUUGAUCUGGCUGAGAUGAAACCAGGGCCAACGGAUCUGGUCAAGAAAUUGCUACAGGAAGAUCGACUGAAAUUCACUGCUAGAAAGAUGAAAAUUGACGUCGAUCCUCUUGUGCAAGAAGAGGCUUUGGUGGAGCUGUCUGAACUGCCAUAA